AUGUCUACAGAGUUGGAGCUGCCCUUCCGGCAGGACACCCAGUUGACGGAGGUAAUGCGCCUGCGGGUUCAGUCUCUGCAGCAGCGGGGCCAGAAGAGGCAGGAUGGCGAACGCCUGCUGCUGCCCAACGAGGCCGUGUACCGACUGGACUUCUCCAAACAGUCCCUCGGAUUCUUGCGGUGGACGGUGGGGUUGGCCCAGACGGGACGCCUCUCCAUCACCGCCAUCUCGCAGCUCUGGACGCCCGACCUCACGAACCUGAUGACGCGGCAGCUGCUGGAGCCCGUCGGGGUGUUCUGGAGGGCGCCGGGAGACGCCAGCGACGCUCCCGUCCAGUGCUACGAGGCCGACGCCCACGAGUUUGGCGAGCGGAUCGCAGAGUUGGCUACGGUAAGGAAGGCGAUGUACUUCCUGUUUGCGUAUGCAGACGGCUGCAGCCCUCAGAGUGUCGACUGCUCCAUCACCUUCACGGCAGAUUGUUGA